CUGAUGGAGGCUGCAUUGAGGGAUCCAAGAGGCUCCCUGACCACCAUCAUAUGUCAGAAACUCAUUUACCUGCGUGAAUCCAACCGUGAGAGGAAAUAAAACAAAAACAGUUGGAAGCAGUCCACAUUUAUUUGGUCUUAAAAUUAAAAGAUUCAGCACACUGAUGUGUGUGUGUGGGUGUGUAUUUCUGCAUGUCAUUCUCGCCAAACAGACACUAAACCAGCAUCGGGUGCAAAAAUGGGGAAGUGACGUCUGCCUAUUCAUCCCAGUACAGACAUUUGAUUUAUUAUUGUUUCAUUUUUUUAUUAACUUGAGGAAGGAGAGAGGCAGACGGCAGAAUGUCUGAUUUCACAUGGAUUCAGAUUUAUGAGGCUGCUGCUUCAUUUGACAGCAGUGACUGGACAAUACUCCUCCAUCACCGUCAGAGAAGGAGACGAAGUCACUUUACAGUGUGAAAACGUGACGCCUCAUCAGCACGAAUGUGACGGUGCUACCUGGUUCUUCAGUGGCUCAAGAGACACGGUCCCAGUAGAGCUGGUUAGACUCGGGCAGAUUGUUGAAAAAGCCAGAGAUAAAUCAGACAGACUGAGUGUUACAGAGAAGUGUUCUCUGGUGAUAAAGAGGGUCACGGCUGAGGACGCUGGUCGCUACGACUGUCAAAGAUCAGGACACACGCUACUUCCAGACACCGUGGUUUUACUGUCUACUGUUAAAAUGACUGAACAUAAGGAGGGGGAUGCGGUGAGCCUGUGCUGCUCUGUGUCGACAUACAGAGACUUAAAACCAAGUGUGAGGUGGCUGUUUGAGGACAAGAAUUCAAAGGAAGACGACACAGUCAAGGAAUUGCCAAAGACUGAGUUCUCAGCCUCUGUCGGAAUUCCCAGCUCUUAUCUGAAGCUGAAGUAUCAUGAGUUAUUUAAGUGUGAAGUGACGGACGGUUACAGCAGAGAAGUGCGGCUGUUCACCUUCAGCACUCCGUCCUCAGGUGAGGACACAACAUCAGCAACAGUAACGAUAAGGACAACGAAAAACGGCAAAAAAUCAAGGACCAACAUGGAAACGUCUGCCACCAGUGACACUUCACCAAAACCACAAAGUUUCUGGUUAUACAUUGGUGUGGCUGUGGGCUUAGCAGCGCUGCUAAUAACGAUUGUGGCAGUCACCAUCUGGAAGAGAACUAAAGGGAACAAAAUGCAGAUGGAUGAAAAUGCUCAACAGAGAUUAAACCGCCCGGAGACUCAGCCUGGUCCAGACACCCGUCAGGACACGGCUGAUCCUGACGGUGGCGUUUCCUACGCCUCCAUCAGCUGCGCCAGGGAGACCGACAGGGGAAGCUGUCUGAUUGGUUACCGUGGUGAUGUUAGUUCAAGCUCCUGCAUUGUUGAGGACUGUGAUGUCAGUCAGCCUGUCCAACGCUCAUUUCCAUCAUUGCCGGCGUUUAACUGUGCUCGAUUUAGGACAGGUUAG